AUGCCGUAUUCCCAUGGACGGAGAAGUGGAAACCGAACAGCAGGUCCAAGACCAAGUUUACUCCAGCUUUCAAACUAUCUCAUGACCAACUAUUCCAAGGGAGUCCGCCCUGUACGAGAUUGGAGGAAAACAACAACAGUGGCCAUUGACGUCAUGGUUUAUGCGAUCCUGAAUGUGGAUGAGAAAAAUCAAGUUCUAACUACUUAUAUCUGGUACCGACAGAUUUGGACAGAUGAAUUCUUGAUGUGGAAUCCCAAGGACUUUGAUGACAUCAAGCAGAUAUCAAUUCCCACCGCAAACGUAUGGAUGCCAGACAUUUUAAUAAAUGAAUUUGUUGAUGUAGGUAAAUCACCAGAUAUCCCGUACGUCUACGUUGACCAUGAAGGGCGAGUGAAAAACUACAAACCCAUCCAAGUAGUUACCGCUUGCAGCCUGGACAUCUAUAACUUCCCGUUUGAUGUCCAAAACUGCACAUUCACGUUUACAAGUUGGCUACACAACAUCCAAGAUAUUAAUAUCUCCCUGUGGCGAUCUGCUGAACUUGUGAAAUACGACAGAAGUGUUUUCAUGAAUCAAGGUGAAUGGGAACUUCUUUAUGUCGACACCCAGUUCAAUGAGUUUAACCUUGAACGAGGAUUGUCUGUGGGCUAUGCAGAAAUGCGCUUUUUUCUCGUCAUUCGAAGACGUCCUUUGUUCUAUGCGGUUAGUUUGCUGUUACCCAGUAUCUUCCUUAUGGUCAUGGACAUCAUUGGGUUUUAUUUGCCUCCAGACAGUGGGGAGAGAGUGUCAUUUAAAAUUACUCUUCUUCUGGGAUAUUCUGUUUUCCUUAUCAUCGUGUCUGACACUCUUCCGGCCACAGCUAUCGGCACUCCACUGAUAGGUGUAUACUUUGUGGUUUGCAUGGCUUUGCUGGUGAUCAGCCUGACUGAGACCAUUCUCAUUGUGCGACUGGUCCACAAGCAGGACCUCCAGCCACACGUGCCAGAGUGGGUGAGGAGUUUGAUUCUGGACAAAGCCACGGUCUUGCUCUGUCUCCGGAACAAGACUCAGUUCCACUCCAUGCAUCGCCACAGUGGAACACCAGAUAAUGCCAGGGACAGAAAGGGCAGCACGGUGCAGCUGAAUCACUUUGCCUGUGAGAAUGGGACAGACUGCGAGAAACCAAUUAGCUCCAGCUUACCUCAGGCAGACUCACUCCUCACUGUGGACAACAUCCUGCACGAGAUCUCAGCAAUUCGCCAAUUCCUAGAGAAGAGGGAUGAGUGCAGAGAUAUCGCCAAGGAAUGGCUGCAGAUUGGGUAUGUUUUGGACGUACUCCUUUUCCGUGUAUACCUAGUGGCUGUCCUGGCCUAUGGGGUCAGCCUGGGUACUCUGUGGUCCAUUUGGCAGUACUCUUAA